GCUUCCGUAGAUGCGGAAGUAGUUUCCCAAUCAGGACGCGGCGUGACAUUCACCGGUUUGUCAGCAGAGUUUGGGGUCGUGUAGAGAAUCGUGAUUAAACUCUGCCGGUCUGGGGUCUGCUGAACUGCUGUCAGGAUGAGAGUACUGAAAGCGGGUCUAUGUUUGACCAAAACGCACGUUUUGGCACCAAGAAGUGUAUCGCUUAUAAAGGUGCUCAUUAACAGCUGUCGGGCGUGUUCUUCUGGUGUCUUCCUUAACGAGAGGAUCCGUAACAUCGGGAUCUCCGCUCACAUCGACUCUGGGAAGACCACCCUGACCGAGAGGGUCCUGUAUUACACGGGCAGGAUAGCUGAGAUUCACGAGGUGAAGGGAAAGGAUGGUGUUGGAGCCACCAUGGACUCUAUGGAGCUGGAGAGGCAGAGAGGCAUCACCAUCCAGUCAGCAGCUACAUACACCAUGUGGAAAAACCACAACAUUAAUAUCAUUGAUACUCCAGGUCACGUGGACUUUACCAUUGAGGUGGAGCGAGCGCUGCGUGUGCUGGACGGAGCAGUGCUGGUUCUGUGUGCAGUGGGAGGAGUCCAGUGUCAGACCAUGACCGUAAACAGACAGAUGAAACGCUACAAUGUUCCUUUCCUCACCUUCAUAAACAAACUAGACCGAAUGGGUGCAAACCCUGGUCGAGCUUUGCAACAGAUGAGAUCUAAACUGAAUCACAACGCAGCAUUUGUGAACAUCCCCAUCGGUCUGGAGGGGAACAUGCGUGGCAUCAUCGACCUCAUAGAAGAGCGUAGCAUUUACUUUGAUGGAUUGUAUGGUCAGAUCGUACGCUACGACGAGAUCCCAGCAGAUUUCCGUGCCGAAGCUGCAGAUCGGAGGCAGGAACUGGUGGAGUGUGUCGCUAAUGCGGAUGAAACUUUGGGGGAGAUGUUCCUGGAGGAGAAAAUUCCUAACAAAGAAGACCUAAAGGCGGCUGUCCGCAGAGCCACAAUACAGCGUCUCUUCACCCCCGUGUUGGUGGGAACGGCGCUGAAGAACAAGGGCAUUCAGCCUCUACUGGACGCUGCUCUGGAUUACCUGCCAAACCCGAGCGAAGUCAAGAAUUAUGCUAUCCUCAAUGAAGAAAACUCUACUGAAACCUCCAAGAUUGAGAUGGACCCUACACGAGAUUGUUCAAACCCCUACGUUGGUCUUGCCUUCAAACUAGAGGCAGGAAGGUUCGGUCAGUUGACGUAUAUUCGAGUGUACCAGGGCUGCUUGAAGAAGGGAGAGUACAUAUAUAACACACGGACGGGCAAGAGAGUGAGAGUUCAGAGGCUGGUGCGUCUCCACGCCGAUCAGAUGGAGGAUGUGGACGAGGUUUAUGCAGGAGACAUCUGCGCUCUGUUUGGGGUCGACUGUGCGAGCGGAGACACGUUUACAUCCAAGACUAGUGCCAAUCUCUCCAUGGAGUCCAUUCACAUCCCAGACCCUGUGAUUUCCAUGUCCAUGAAGCCCUCCAAUAAGAACGACAUGGAUAAAUUCUCCAAAGGCAUUAACCGAUUCACCAGGGAGGAUCCCACGUUCAGAGUUCACUACGACUCAGAGAGCAAAGAGACCAUCAUCUCUGGGAUGGGAGAGCUGCAUCUGGAGAUUUAUUCCCAGAGGAUGGAGAGGGAGUACAACUGUCCCUGUGUGAUGGGGAAACCUAAAGUGGCCUUUAGAGAGACCAUCACCAGUCCUGUACCGUUCGACUUCACCCAUAAGAAGCAGAGCGGCGGUUCUGGGCAGUACGGGAAGGUAAUUGGUGUCCUAGAGCCUCUGGAUGCAGAGCACUCCACCAAACUGGAGUUUGUGGACCAGACAGUUGGAACAAACGUCCCAAAGCAAUUUGUGCCAGCUGUUGAAAAGGGCUUCAGGGAUGCCUGUGAGAAGGGACCCCUCAGCGGGCAUAAGAUCUCAGGAGUCCGGUUCCUUCUGGAGGACGGAGCUAAUCACAUGGUGGACUCCAAUGAACUGUCCUUCAUUCGAGCAGGAGAAGGAGCUCUGAAACAAGCGAUGGAGAAGGCCAGCGGGAUUAUCCUGGAGCCCAUCAUGUCUGUCGAAAUAGUUGCUCCUCAGGAAUUCCAAGGAAUGGUCAUCGCCGGGGUUAACCGUCGCCAUGGUGUCAUCACGGGACAGGACAGCACUGAUGGAUACUUCACUUUGUACGCCGACAUUCCUCUAAACGACAUGUUUGGCUACUCUACAGAACUCCGAUCCUGCACCGAAGGUAAAGGAGAGUACACCAUGGACUACAGCAGAUAUCAGCCCUGCUUGCCAGCCACACAAGAAGAACUCAUUAACAAAUACUUGGAGGCUACGGGACAGCUGCCUGCAAAGAAGAACAAGUGGAAGAACUGAAGUGUCCACUCAUCUGUUUAUAAAAUCGGACAUAAACAUCAUCUCUGAAAGUUUUCUACCCGACAUCAGCCAGAACUAGAAACAAAACAUAGACUUUACUUUGUGUUUUACAUCCCUUCUUUAAAGACAACUGUCAAGAUAUCAUAUUUAUUGUCUUUAUUUCAACGUCAUUUACUCUGAGCUCUGGUGUUUGAAAAUGUUACAACAAGCUGUGCGUUUUCACAAGCUUGUAAUGAAGUUUGUACUGUGUACAGAGGAUACCUGAUGGAAUGAUGACUGCAACAAAGAUAAAUCUUCUCUUAAAAGUG